AUUUAUUGUUUGUCACAUUAAAUUAGUUAUUUUUAAAUGUGAUUGAAAUAUUCUAAUGUGAAUCAGCCGAGUAUGAUCAAAUAAAAACUUGUUUACACUGGAGUUCAGUAGCCGGUACAUGGUUUAUAAACAUUGCCAAAUGAAUCAUUUAAAUGUAUGACUUAUUUGGACAUGGUUUAUGUAUGUACAUACAUGUGUAUAGAUAUAUUUAAGGAUUUGAAAACAUUAAAACAUCUUUUUAAAAAUCUCCAUAAAAUGCAAAUGUGAUAGUUAAUUUGCUUGCAAAGAUGAAAUGAAUCUAAAGAAUUAAAAAGAAAUGGAGAAACAAAGGUUGAUGCAGCAGUUCUGUGACCGUGUCAACUGUGAUCCUAGUGUGGCUCAAGAAAUCCUCAUAAAAGCAAACUGGGAUCCUAAUCAAGCCAUUCGAUUGUUUGAUGAACUGGUGCGAGUUAACAGAAUCCGACCAUACUAUCCACCUACUCCUUACAACAGCCAGUUACGACCGACACUUCGCCCAAUUCCUGUAGAACAUGUUAGGACUGGAAUAGGACAUGCAACAGCUAAUUCUGGACACAUACAAACACCAGCAACUGUAAGGCCAAGUAAUAUGGAGAAACCAGCAGUAGGAGCCUGGUCCAGUCAAGGUCCAGCAGGUAGACCACUCAGUCAACCAAUAAAAGUUAAUUCAGGUAAUGAUAACAAAACAGUAGCUCCACGUCCUGCGAGUGAAAGUUUUGCUAAACCAGCUCCUACAAAGCCUGAUCAAACUGCCAAGGGUCAGAAUAUAUCACAAAUCAAUGUCAGUGCCAACAGAAUUAGUACUGGGAGUACAGAUUCCGUCUUUUUACCAUCAACUCCUGCCAAGGGGAAUAACUCUAGUUUGCAAGUACAGAAAACCAAUGUACCAAUGAAAUCACCUCCAGCUUCACCCAAAGUUUUAAAGAGAGGUAUAUCAAAGAUUAUGGAAAAUGAGACUCUUGUUAAGCAGACACAAAACAAGCUUCUCCAUGACAUUGAAGAAGAUAGUAAGGAUCACUUGUACACACAAACGUUUAUGUUACCAGAUCUAACCGUGUAUACUGCUGACUUCAGGGCAUUCCUUGAGAAAGAGUUGAUAGAGACUUCCACCCUUGUGUCGUUAGAACAAGCAGGGAGAUUAAACUGGUGGGCAGACAUGGGAAUUUGUCAAAGGUUGAUACCCAUGGCAACCUCUGGGGAUGGAAACUGUCUACUACAUGCAGCUUCACUUGCAAUGUUGGGUAUACAUGAUAGACAGUUAAUGUUGAGGAAAGCUUUGUAUGACUCCCUAACAUGUAAACCAUAUUGUACAGCACUUAAAAGAAGAUGGAGAUGGCACCAGACUCAACUGAAUUUACAGUAUGGUUUAGUGUUUACUGAAGAAGAAUGGCAAAAAGAAUGGAAUAGUGUGUUAAAGCUAGCAUCAUCUACCCCCAGAUCAUUUCCAUGGAACAAUCGUAGAAACAGCAGCUGUUGUGACAGCCCUGUCACAAAUAGCAAUUCUAGUGAUGAUGUAGACCCAGUUGUUUAUGAAAGUUUAGAGGAAUUCCAUGUCUUUGUCCUGGCUCAUGUUUUACAGCGUGCCAUAAUUAUUGUAGCAGAUACCAUGUUAAAGGAUACUCAUGGUGACGCUCUAGCACCAAUACCUUUUGGAGGGAUUUAUCUCCCCUUAGAAUGCAAUCCAGCAACGUGUUAUAGAUCACCAUUAUUGUUGACGUAUGAUGCUGCACAUUUUUCUGCUCUUGUUCCAAUGGAAAAAGAGAAAUCUCAGAAAGAUAAACCUAGUCUUCCAUUAUCUAUUCCAUUAGUUGGACCAGAUCUCAAUCUAUUACAGUUACAUUUCAACGUAGAUCCAGGAGCAAACUUUAACUUUUCUACUGGUACAGGUAACACUCUUGCCAAAGUAAAAACAACUCUUUCUCGUGAAGACCAUAUGAAUUUGUUACAAAAAUAUAUGGAUUUGGAACGUAUUCCGUAUGUUGAAUCUGAUGUGGAUAGUGACACUGAUCGUAAAUCUAGUGGAUCAUAUGAUUCUGACGAUAAUGUAGCCUGUUUAGGGAAAGAGAAAAAGAAGGAUGGAAAAGGAUCUAAACAAAGUGUGUCAAAACAGUUUGGGAGUUUAGGUAAGACUGUUGGUAAAAAGUUAAAGAAAAAUUUUGGAAAUGUUGGAAAAUCUCUCAAAGCGAUGGGUCCAGAUAAUGAUAAAAGUCGUAAAGCCUCAAUUGGAAGUGGACUUACACAGAGUACAAAGGUUCCCAUGACAAUAUCAGCCAUGAUUGAUCAGGAACAUAAGUUUGUAUGGACAGCCAAACUUAAUGUUAAGAUAAUAGAUGAGCAAACUAAAAUGAUCGGGAAUUAUCUUAAAAGUGCGGAAGGUCGUUUUAGAGAGGAACGUUCACUCCUGAAAGCUGCUGGAGAUGAAAUACGAAGACGUUCAAUAGGAGCUUCUUUACAGGAUUUGCAUAUAUCUGGAACACCAGUCAGAUGUGUCAAUUCUGAAUGCAAAUUUAUUGGAAAUGUAGAUACACAUUAUCUUUGUUCAAAAUGUUUUGAAGAGCAAAAAAAUGCAACUCUUGACCGUAAUAGGCCAUUGAAGGAAAAUUAUGCUACGUAUCCAGGACGUGGUCCUAAACAGAAUUCUGAGGUAGAAACCUAUGGGAAGUCAAAGUUUUAUACUCAUGUAGAUGAGGACGAGGCAUCAGAAUUAGCCAAGGUUAAUCUUCGUAAUAAACCAAAUCCAACACCAAACACAAAUUCUGCUGAUACUAGGAGUCGUUCUACAGGAAAUGUUCCAUUGAAUAAAUAUUCAAGGUUAAGGACACCAUCACCAGAUUAUGAUAAUGUGGAAUACAAAGUUAAUUUGAAAACACAACCUUCUCCAAAACUUCUGCCAAAAAUUCAAAAUAUGACUGCUAACAAACAGACAGCAAGACCUGCAUCUAUGUCAGGGACAAAUGGGAAACCAGAACCGGUACCUGUCCCAAGUAAACCAAUUUCAACUACCACAAGUGUUCAGUCCACAAACCGUCCUGUUGGUCCUGCAGGAACAAAACACUGUCAAACUCAAGGAUGUGAAUUUUAUGGCAGUGAAAAAACUGAUUAUUUGUGUUCAGCUUGUUUCAAAGCAAGACAAAAAUCCAAUGAAACCAUGAAAACUAGGUUGUAGGACUAUAUAUAUCAAUUAGCUUUAUCAAUUUAAUAAUUUAGAAAGAUGAAAGUAAUAGCUCUGUUGUUUAUUUAGCAUCUAUUUCCCACUUCAGCGGUAAAAGUACUGAUAGAAAAUCUGUUGUAUGCAUUUAACUUCUCAUGUAAAAAAAUUGUAUAUGUUAGGGGACUUUAAGUUUUUACCAGGGUUCUCACUAAGGCGAGUCCAUGAGUCCUGGACUCAUUAAAAUCUGUCUGGACUCACCAUUUUCAAAACUGGUGAGUCCAAAGAUUGAAAUAUUUUGUAUAACUGAACACAAAUAUCAUUAUUUUAUAGCAAAAGUUUAAAGUAAUCUAAAUUUAAUGUCAGUUCAUUACUCUAUUAGGUCAUGGAGACCAAAAUAACAAAUUAUAUUAAAAUAAAAUAUCUUCUUACUGUUGG